AUUUACAUGCACAAACUGGUCUAUUAGAUAGAUAUGAUACAAACCACUGCAGUGCAGUACCUGUAAUACCUACAGCACAUUACUCUAUACAAAGUAUUAUGGGUAACUGAGCGCUGCACUGAGGUCUAGCAGACAUGUGUCUGCUCUCAAAGCCCAAAGAAGAUCAUAACUGUGAUAGUUUCUGAAACCUGCAGAUGAUCAGCUGUUUCAAGACUUUUUGGGAUACAAGAAAGAUUGGCCUCUAAUUAGCUAACACGGUAAACAGAGGACUUUUUAACGGUCUAAUUACUGCUACCUUGACAGGCCUGUGGAACAGAGAUCAUAUUUAACAUACAUGCAUAUAUGAUGUUAAUGUCCUUGCCUCCAUUUACACCAAUUAGGCAUAAUGUUAUGUUAGUUAGCCCUUUGCUGACCCCUGAAGGUGCUGUGGUAUCGGGAACCAAGAUGUUAGCAACAGAUUCCUUAAGACCCGACACUUGUGAGGACUUGUUUGGACUGUGAGAUGGGGAAUGUGGAGAUUCAGCACCUCAAACCGGUCCUGGACCACGUGUUGCAUUAACCUGCUGAGAGAGGCGUAGCCAUCAGCCAUCCUUUCCACGCCCACCCCCGUGACAUCACGCUCCAAAGCCCUAUACUGUUUCCACGACAGGCUGUACAUGAUCUGCAACAAUGUGCAUUAAUAAUUGAUAAGCCUACAAUAAUCAUUUUCACCCAUCUACGUGUACAUGUAGUGAGGUUAAGAUUCGCUCAGUUAACGCUGUUUUGUGCCUAUGCACGGUUCUUAGUGUUUCUCCCUGCGCUUGGCUACAGCGGCUGACACGAGAAUCAGGAAAUACAAGUCGGGUCAGCUCACUGCGUAGUUUCUUCGAGAAAAGGUCGAAGCAGGAAGCAGAAGCGACGGUGUGGCAGCUCGGUGACUGUGUGCAGACUCGGAGGGAUCGCGGCGCCCGUUCUGUUUGCGUCCUCAGGCCGGAAAUGGCCUUAACAAAAUGGGUUUCGUAGGAAGGAUGUCGUGCGCACACACGAGCCUGGGCAAAGCAGCGACUCUGAUGCUGCUCGGCUCGUGCUCGCUGUAACCGCGCGACUAUGGAGCUCGUGCAGCCUCCCGACAGCACGGGCUCCUCGGUCCUCUCCAGCACACCUCGUAUUCCCGCCGGACGCUGGAGCAGGUAGCCGGAGAGGCUGUGAGCAGCAUGCGGUCAGACGUGGAGUACAGCCCGGUGGGAGAGGGCCUGGGUAUGCGGGACUUCUGGCUGUACGUGUGGCUGCGGAGAGUGGCGGUGAUAGCGACUCAUGUUACCGGCCUGGGCCUGACGCUCGUCCUCUCCCUGCUGUCCAGACCCGGAACCAGUCUGUUCUCUUGGCAUCCCAUGUGUAUGUCUGUGGCUUACUGCCUGUGCAUGACCGAAGGUAUCCUGCUGUUCUCAGCAGAGGGAUCUCCCUUCUGCUUCAAAUCAUGGAAGAGUAAAGUCCGUCUCCACUGGUUCUGUCAGGCUCUGGUCCUGAUCGCUGCAGCCACUGGACUUGGGUUCAUUGUGGCCAGCAAGAAUGUGUCGGAGCUCCCACACCUGGCCUCCUGGCACAGCCUGCUGGGUAUGUGUACGCUGACCGCCACCGUGCUCCAAACGGCCUGCGGCAUCGCUGUGAUUUUCCCCAAGCUGCUGCGUCUCUCCUGCCCCUCGUCCAGACUGAAGCUGUACCAUGCCACCUGCGGCCUGGUUGUCUACCUGUUUUCCACCGUGACAGUGAUGUCUGCCAUGUUCACUGACUGGUUCCAGGCCACGGCGAAGGGGGUGGCGUGGUGGGCCUUCCUCAUCCUGCCUCUAUUCCCUGCCUUGGUGGUGAUGAGCCAGAUCACUAAUGCCUAUCUACCCCGCAAGAAGCUGACCAGCUAGGAACCAGAAGCAGAUGGCAGAGACAUCCAAAAGGAAUAAUGAAGAAAUAAAGAGUCUUCUUUAACUUG